GUCUGGAAGGAGCUGAGUCCCAGGAGGAGGAGGAAGGCUAAGAGGGCGCUCCUCGGGGCUGAGGAGAGGAGGGAGGAGCCUCCUUAGUUACCCCCCCCCCGCCCCGAGCGAGGGAAGGAGAAAGGGCCGGGAAAAGGGAGAAGGGAGGGGGAGGGGCACAGACCGGGAGCGAGGCCUUCCCUCCCCCGACCCCGCCGCCACCCCCCCCAGAUCCGCCGUGGGGGGCGGGGAGGCCCUAGAGAGCCGCGGGGUCCUGCGGUUCAGGGGCGAGGAGGAGGAGGAGGAGGAGGAGGGAGGAGGGAGGCAGGCCUCGCCGAGUCGGCCUUUCGGGACAGGGGGUGGGCUCCUUAUUUUUUUGACGAACCAAAGAGAAAGAGUAGGAAGGGGAUUAAAAAAAAAAAAAAAAAAAAGCCCACAGGAAGGAAGAGAACGAGAGAGAAAGCGAUCAGAUCUGAUUUUCCCAUUUUUUUUUCCGGAGGCCGGUGUGGCCGAAAACCCAUCCCAAACUCAGAGCUGCGGCAGUAAUACUAUUCGGGAGGAAGAUUAGUCCCGGGCAGGUUUGCUUUGCGGGCAGGAGGCCGAGGGAGGAGGGGGAGGGGAGGCAGAAGACGGCAGAGCCCCCGUUUCAUGGAGGCGGAGGCCAGGAAACCUUUGGGAGCCUGGAUCCGGGGAAGCAAACCCGCAGCGCGGAGCCAAGCAAUUACCUCCAAGAAAAAAGGCCGGACUUAGGCUGAGGAGGACCAGACGGGGUUAGGUCAGUGGGGACGGGAGAGGGGGAUAGACAGAUAGCCUCUGGAAGUUUUUAGAGGAGAGCCAAGAUCAACCCAGAAAAAGGGAGAAAAAAAGGAAAUUAAUCUUCAGGGAUUCUGUGUAUUAUGCUGUUAUUUUGAAGGAAGGAAAUUGCAGCUUUUAAUUCUGGGCUUUCGGGCAGGGAGUCAAAGGAAUCGCAGAACCAUCGGUGUGCACGGUCUGUCAAUGAUUAAAAUUAAGGCCAUUUUUAAUUUUUAUUUUUUAGGAUUGAACUGGACUUAAGAAAAAUUGUUGUGUGCCUCCCAUUGUAUGAUUUUAUUUAUUUAUUUUUUAUUGUGCAGAUUGUUUGGAACAUUUUUUUUCCCCCAAGCACUCUUUCGGAUUUAUGCUUCUAUUUUUCAGCUGAAGCCUCUUGUUUUCGUUUUAAAUAUUGGAGACCAGAAAUUUUUUUUUUUUUUUCUCUUUUGGGAACCUGCCCACAAAAGGGAUAGUUGGGAAAACUGGAUUAAAAGGAUGCUUUUUAUUUUUGUUCUGCAGCUAAGACAGAUAUUUUGAAGGCAGGCUUCUUUUUUAUACUUUUUUUUUUUUUUUUUUUUAGCUUGUGGCUCUAACCUUGAAGAGAUUUGUGGUUGGGUUUUUGGUUAAUAAGGUCAUAGUUUUUCUCUCGAUCUCUGUUUUUCCUUUCGGUUUUUUUAAGUGGGGGAGGGGAACAGGGGGUUAAGAAAGGAGACCAUGUUAAGUGGUAGAGGCAUUAUGGAGCUUCAGUUACCAGGGUCUUGAGAGCUUGGGGGGGGAAAAAAAAAAAGAAAGGAUUCGGCCCCCAAGUUGGUAUUCUCUACCCUUCCCUCCCCCCCUCUUUUUUUUUUUUUUUUUUUUUUAAUUUGUUUGAAUUGCAAGUGAUUCGAUUUCCAUCAAGACUAAAGCCACAGGAUUUGGAUCACUGGAGACAGCUGAAGAACCAUGAGUGUAAGGUUACCUCAGACGAUAGACAGACCAGCCAGUAAAAAGCAGUCUCAGUUAUCAAGCCCUAUUACAUCCUGGUUAAGUAACCUGUCUUCGCUGAGUGAUUCAGUCUCUGAGCAAAAGACCUCUGACCACCAUCGCCAAUCUUCUGACCCCUGUGAGACCACAGGUCUUGUUCAACGGUGUGUCAUCAUCCAGAAGGACCAGCAUGGCUUUGGCUUCACAGUCAGUGGUGAUCGCAUUGUCCUGGUGCAGUCAGUCCGGCCUGGAGGUGCAGCCAUGAAAGCUGGUGUAAAGGAGGGUGACCGGAUCAUCAAAGUAAAUGGCACCAUGGUGACUAACAGUUCACACUUGGAAGUAGUGAAGCUCAUCAAAUCUGGUGCUUAUGUAGCAUUGACUCUUCUGGGCUCUUCUACUUCAUCUGUUGGUGUGUCUGGACUUCAAGAGGACCCGGGCUCCCUAGGACCUUCUCGGGUAAUCCCAGUUGUCCCUCCACCGCCACCACCUCCCCCUCCACCACUACCACAGCGUAUCACAGGGCCCAAGCCCUUGCAGGAUCCUGAAGUACAGAAGCAUGCCAACCAGAUCUUAAUAAAUAUGCUGAGACAGGAGGAGAAGGAGUUACAGCAUUUCCAAGAGAUGUAUAGUCGUAACCCUGCCAGCAGCCUGCUAGAGGAACAGAUUGAGGGAGCCCGAAGGCGAAUCACCCAGUUGCAGCGCAAGAUCCAGCAGGAGACUGGUGUCUCAGUGGAUAUACUUCAAUUGUAUGACACCAACCCAGCUAAUCUGAAGUCAUCAGAGGGCUGUCAUUUCUUGGAUUCCCAAGAUGGAGACAGUGGCUUAGAUUCUGGAACUGAACGCUUCCCUUCCCUUAGUGAGUCAUUGUUAAAAAGGAACUCAGUAUUAUCAGAUCCUGGGCUAGACAGUCCACGUACAUCACCUGUGAUCAUGGCUAAAAUGCCCCAGCACCAUCGGCGACAAGGCUCAGAUACAACUGUUCUACCCACUACUGAGCAGAGUUUGGAUCAUAGUGCAAAGCCUUUGAUUAUUGGUCCAGAAGAAGAUUAUGAUCCAGGUUAUUUCAACAAUGAGUGUGACAUAUUAUUUCAGGACCUAGAGAAACUCAAAUACCGACCUGCUCAUCUUGGGGUUUUCCUGCGAUAUAUCUUCUCUCAGGCAGAUCCAAACCCUUUGCUUUUCUACUUAUGUGCAGAAGUUUACCUGCAGACAUAUCCUAAGGAUUCCCGGGGAUUAGGAAAAGCUAUCUGGGCUAUUUUUCUGGAAAAGAACUCGCCUUUAAGAGUGAAGAUACCUGAAACAUUACAGGCUGAGAUUGAUUUGCGCCUGCGCAACAAUGAGGAUAUCCGUAGUGCAUUGUCUGAGGCCCAAGAAGCAACUAUGCCAGAGAUCCAGGAACAGAUUCAAGACUACAGGACAAAGCGAACCAUGGGCCUGGGCAGUCUCUAUGGAGAAAAUGACCUUCUGGAUUUGGAUGGGGAUCCCCAGCGGGAGCGACAAAUUGCUGAGAGACAAUUGGCUGCUCUUGGAGAUAUCCUGUCCAAAUACGAGGAAGAUCGGAGUGUUUCAAUGGACUUCGCUCUCAACACCUAUAUGAGCCAUGCUGGGAUCCGACUUCGAGAGACACGGCCCUCCACAGCAGAGAAAUCUCAGACUCUUCCUGACAAGGAUAAAUGGCUACCUUUCUUCCCUAAGACUAAGAAGCAGAGCAGCAAUACCAAGAAGGAAAAGGAGGCAUUGGAAGACAAGAAGCGAAAUCCCAUCCUCAAAUAUAUUGGGAAGCCAAAAAGUUCUUCUCAGAACAUCAAACCUGGCAAUGUGAGAAACAUCAUCCAACACUUUGAGAACAACCAGCAGCAUGAGUCUCCUGAGCCUGGACUGCAGCGACUCUCAACAGGAAGCUUCCCUGAGGAUCUGCUGGAGAGUGAAAGGUAUUCACGUUCAGAAAUACGUCUGGGCCGCUCCGAGAGCUUGAAAGGACGAGAGGAGAUGAAGAAGUCCCGGAAAGCAGAGAAUGUGCCACGUUCUCGAAGUGAUGUGGAUAUGGAUGCUGCUGCUGAGGCUACUAGGCUCCACCAGUCAGCUUCAUCCUCAGCAUCCAGCCUUUCUACCAGGUCCCUGGAGAACCCAACCCCACCUUUCACCCCCAAAAUGGGCCGCAGGAGCAUUGAAUCCCCUAGCCUUGGGUACUGUACAGAUGCCCUUCUCCCUCACCUCUUGGAGGAUGACCUGGGUCAGUUGUCUGACCUGGAACCUGAGCCUGAUGCCCAGAACUGGCAGCACACAGUGGGAAAAGAUGUGAUAGCUGGGCUGUCACAAAGGGAGAUUGACCGACAGGAAGUUAUCAAUGAGCUAUUUGUGACAGAGGCAUCCCAUCUUCGAACUCUACGAGUCCUAGACUUGAUUUUCUACCAACGCAUGAAGAAAGAGAACUUGAUGCCACGGGAGGAGCUGGCCCGCCUUUUCCCUAACUUGCCCGAACUUAUUGAAAUCCAUAAUUCUUGGUGUGAAGCCAUGAAGAAACUUCGGGAGGAGGGCCCUGUCAUCAAUGAGAUCAGUGACCUCAUGCUGGCCAGGUUUGAUGGUCCAGCCAGAGAGGAGCUCCAGCAGGUAGCAGCACAGUUCUGUUCCUAUCAGUCAAUUGCACUGGAACUGAUCAAGACCAAACAGCGUAAGGAGAGCCGCUUCCAGCUCUUCAUGCAGGAAGCUGAGAGCAAUCCUCAGUGCCGGCGUCUCCAGCUCAAGGACCUGAUUGUCUCAGAAAUGCAACGUCUCACUAAGUAUCCACUGCUGCUGGAGAACAUCAUCAAGUAUACAGAUGCAGACAGUAGUUCAGAGUAUCACAAGCUGUGUCGGGCCCGGGAUCAGUGCCGGGAGAUUCUUAAGUAUGUGAAUGAGGCAGUGAAACAGACAGAGAACCGACACCGACUAGAGAGCUACCAGAAACGCCUGGAUACCACCUCCCUGGAAAGGGCCAGUAAUCCUCUGGCAGCAGAGUUCAAGAGCUUAGACCUCACAACAAGGAGAAUGAUUCAUGAAGGACCUCUUACAUGGAGGAUAAGCAAAGACAAGACUGUGGAUCUUCAUGUAUUGCUCCUGGAGGACCUGUUGGUACUGCUACAGAAGCAGGAUGAGAAACUGCUCCUCAAAUGUCACAGCAAGACUUCCCUAGGCAGCUCUGACAACAAGCAGACGUUCAGCCCUGUAUUGAAACUCAAUGCUGUGCUCAUUCGCUCGGUGGCCACAGACAAACGAGCCUUCUUCAUUAUCUGCACCUCCGAGUUGGGCCCUCCUCAGAUCUAUGAGUUGGUUGCAUUGACGUCAUUGGAUAAAAACAUGUGGAUGGAGCUUCUAGAAGAUGCUGUGCAGAAUGCCACCAGAAAUCCUAGCAUUGUUCCAAACCCUUCCCAUCUUUCUCAACCAGUCCCCCAGCAGCCAUCUCAGCACAGCUCCUCAUCCACAAGCAUGGGGCUGACUGACUCAGAAGCAUCCCAAGGAAAUGGCUGCCAAUCAGAAGAUGAACUACUGCCUAAAGGUGAUAGGUCCCAGCAAUGGGUUAAUGGGAAACAUCAAGCAUUGUUGGAAGAACCAGAGCAGGAAGGCAGUGAGGAAGAAUUGGUUGCCCCAACAUCCACCUCAUCCCUGGGUGGAGGGGGCUUGGGCAUCAGAACAAGAGGUGCUAUCCACCUGCCCCUACCCAGCCCAUUAUUCAUGGAGGGAUUGGCCGACUCUGCCCUGGAAGAUGUGGAGAAUCUUCGACACCUGAUCCUGUGGAGCCUUUUGCCUGGUCAUCCAAUAGAGUCCAGAGCUACUGUGGAGCCAGAGGACGACCUCACCCCUACACCAUCUGUCAUAGGAAUCACCUCCCACCCCUGGGAUCCAGGUUCCCCUGGGCAGCUUCCAGGUGAAAUGGAAGGAAAUGACCUUGCACCCUCUGGACAGAUGAGUAGCCAGCUGGAGCUGGAGACAGGGGAGUUAGAUGAUGCAGCUCUGAGCUCCCUAGAGCACCUGCCCCCAAGAGCCAGAAACUCGGGAAUCUGGGAGCACCCAGAACUGGACAGAGAUGUGCCUGAAGAACCUCUUACAACAGAGGCCAUUGGUGGUUACAAAGUAGUAAGGAAAGCUGAGGUGGCAGGCAGCAAUGCUGUCCCUGCAUUGCCUGAGUGUGGCAAAUCAGAAAGUGAGCCACCAGAAGCUGGAGGUGGACCUAAUGCCGCGGGAAACUGUUUUUAUGUCAGCAUGCCGACUGGGCCCCCAGAAUCGAACACAGACCCCUCCGACACAGCCAGGAGCUUCUCUCAGCACGAGGCCCCCUGUGCUUCCCCACCGGAGCCCGAGCACCGAGGAGGCGGCGGGGACGAGGGACGGGCUCGAGGCACAGCUUCCAGUCUGGCCCUCAGGGAUGUGGGCACCAUCUUCCGCACCAUCGAGCAGCUCACACUGAAACUCCACAGGCUUAAGGACAUGGAGACGGCCCACCGGGAGCUGCUGAAGUCUUUGGGGGCAGAGUCCUCAGGGGGCACAACCCCUGUGGGCGGCCUCAGUGCAGAGGCAGUGAGGUGGACCGAGAGCUCCCCGUCGCCCCCAGCCAAGGAGCCCUUCUCUUCGUGCUCCAAGGACAGUCAUGAGCAAGGACUGGGCCCCGAGACCGGUUCUGACAGCCUAGAAGAGAGUCCAGCCGACACAGCUAUUUCACUGGGACUUUAAUCAUGGAAACCCCCCAAGAUUUCCUAGCUCCCUGCCUCCUCAGGGACUGCCCCAGGGCAGGGGGCCAGCAGGGAAGACCCUGAACCUUCCUUUGGGGAGGACUCAAAUCCAGGCCAGGUCUGAGGGGGAGCCAGAUGCCUGGCUCUACGCAUGUUGCUUCUUCCAUUCAAAUCUCAGUCAAGUUUGCUGUCCUCUCCCCCACACUAGAGCCUCAAGUUUCCUCUGUGCAUGCUGGUUGCAUCUGAGAGGCCCCUCUUCCUUCCCUGAACACGUGUAUGUGCACAUAUGUGUAUGUGUGUAUACACCUCACAGACUCGACUGUCACUUCUGUCCGUUUGAGUGAGAGAUGGCGUCGUCUGUAUAAAUGCACUUUCUCCACCCCUGUCCCUUUCCUCAUAGAAUCCCAAGGCAGGGAGGUUAGGCGCCUCCACCCCCUCCCUUUUGCCAUUUUUGGUUUUCUAUAAAUAUGUAUGUAUUGUAUGUGCGUCUUUGCUCGUGUAAAUAACUUGACUCUUAGGUCUCUGCUCCCGAGAUGGGGGCGAGAAAGACUAGAGGCAGCUCUGAAGGAGGAGAGGCAUUAUUCAGUGUAUCCUGGGGAAGAACCUCUUCCUCGGCCCCUAACUCAGCUCUGAGACAGAGGAGGAGCCAGGCCCCUGCGGAAGAGCCCAGAUAGAUUUUCCCACAUUCUUCUUGGCAUGUGAGGCGAGCAGAAUGUUUCCCUUUGUGAGAAACGGGGCUCCCAGCUCCAAAGACCCCCUAGUUCUUGAGUUGCCUAUUGCUCUCUCUUCCCUUUCAGUAUUUCUUAUCUGUUCUCUCAAGGUGAGGAGAGCUUCUUUGGGGAUUUGGUUUUGAAACAGCCAAAUAUUGAAUCCUUCACCCCCAUCUCUGUUUACUUCCACACCUACAAAGAAAACCAGUGCCAUUAGGAAUAGAUCUGAAAGUUGAGUCCAUGGACAAGGGGUAUUGAGAGCUGAAACUACUGCCAUGCUCAGAACCUGUCCAUCCUCGGAAGGCAUCUUCUCGUUAAUCCUCCUAAUAGCUGUCCUUCCCUUAAAGAUUAAUAGAAUAUACACACUGUGGUAGGUGUAUAUAUAUAUAUAUAUAUAUAUAUAUAUAAUAUAUAUAUAAAAUAUAAAUAUAUAUAAUAUAUAAAAUAUAGAUAUGGAAAUGACUGCUGUUAAAAAUGAUGUAUAAUCUUUUAUUUUCCUCUUAUGAUUAAGAUUUUUUUUUUAAGAAAACUUAAAUAUUCUUCCGUUGUGAUGGUGUGUGAUUCUUGGAGUAGGCUUUUCCUGGGAGAGUACUGGGGAGGGCCUCACCAACAGGACCUCCUAUCCGAAUGCCUGUACUUAAAUAACCAUUUUCAUCUAAGAACCUCAUAUAAAGGUACUAAUAGAUCUGGGUCUUAUGCAGACACAGCUUAUAAUGUGCACAGGCAAACUAAAAAACUAGGAUUUCAGUACUUAAAGGAGCUAAGGUUUCAGUUUGUCAACUACUUCUAGAAAUGCAGAUUGAAGCCUUUCUAAAUUUCCUAGAUAGGAUUCAUCAGCCUGAGACCAAUCUGGUGAUGAGCUUUUAAGACCAUAGAUAGUGAACUCAAAAAAUGAUCCAUUCUUAAGCAUGUUGAUUAACUCCGUCAAUCAGUGCCCUGGCUCUGUGCCUGGACCCAGCUCCAAGAGUUGCUCUGAGAGCAUUAUACACAAGGUAGAGGAAAACUAAACAUGGUAGUCUUGACUUUCAGUAUGAUAGGAGUUCAGAGAUUGGUGUGAUUAGCUUGGACUGGAAUAAUUAGAGGAAAGCUUUCUAAAAGAGAACUUGAGAUGGCGUAGAGUAACUGUAAUUUAUAUUGUGCUUUAAAGUUAGUGAAGCAUUUUACAAACAUUACCUCACGUGAGCCUUGACCACUACAGAUAUGAAUCCCAUUUUGCAGAAGAUGAAAUUGAAACUCAAAAGAUUAAUCCAAGGUCACACACACAUAGUGACUGACUGGUCCAGUGCUCUUUCUACGCCAUUUUAAAGAGAAGUUUGGAGAGGUAAGUAGCCUUGGACGCCAAGGUUGGGAGUUUGAUAUGUGUUCUGUGCAGGGGAGAACAGGAAAAAUGAUGUGAAAAUCCACACGCCUCCAGAGCACUGAACUUGGGAGUCAGGUUUUAGUCACAGUUCCACUGAUUUGCUGCUUCUUUUGUUGGCCCUUAGUAAGAGAAUUGCUCUAAAUGAGUUCUUACUUUCCAUCUCUAAAGAUCUAUGAUUCCGUUACAUGGAAAGAGUCGUCUUUUUUUUUUUUUUUUUUCCAGUUUUAUUGGGAAAAGAGGCACAUACAUUCUCUCUAGACAAUUCUAGAUAUCAGUGCUGGAAAAAACUGGAGGGACUGGGAGAAGCACAGUCAAGUCAGCUCAAGAAUUUGUAUAAGAGUGGAAUAGUUAGAAAAGGAACAGAGAGGUGGGGCUGGGAUGGACACUUUCUGGGUUGAUUCUAGAUACAGUCUGUAGAGGUGAAGAAUCAAGACCUUUCCUGAUCUGAGCUUUUUAGACUCAACCUCUUAUCUCCCUUACACAUGCUGGCAUUUGGUCCGAAUAUUUGCUCAACUUAUGUAUGUGACAACCUGACUGCCUCUCUACCUUUUGCACAGGCUCUCUGUCACUCGUGCUGAUGUGUCUUUCCUCCUCACCCUUACACAACUGCCUUUUGGACUCCUUUUUUGAUCUACAACCUGGGUGCUACCUCUUCCCAGAUGCCUUUCUUGACCUCCCCUGCUGUUAGUGGUGUUCACCUCCAGAAUAUAUGUAAUUUCUCAUUCAUGUGACAGCCCUCCAAUUUCUUGAAGACCAUAUCUUCAUAUCCUAGAUGACAUUUUCAGACUCUUCAGCUAAUAUACACAUGGCAUGGCUUCUGUAUUUUCUCACAUUUUACAGAUAUACUGAGACCCAGCAGUAUCUAGAUAUUAUCCCAAAACCCAC